UUCGAAGCAGGAGAGCUGGGGGCCGGGGCUGGAGCCCUAUUGCAGGAGCUUGAGCCCAAACCUGAGUGAGGCUCUCAGAGCUAGCGCAAUUCUCUGGACCCAGAGCCCAAAGCGCAGAGUCCUGCUACCCUUGGCUCCUGGCCUCCGGUGCCACCAGACCCUUUCCUUCCUCAUGCUGGCCCCCCCUGCUCCGGAACCCCCCGUUCCUAUGUCUCAGACCGAGGCGGACCUGGCGCUGAGGUCCCCGCAGCCUCCUGCUCCUGCCGGGGUCCCCCGCCUCGGCCCCGCACCCCGGCGGAUGCGUCGCUUCUCCGGAAAAGGGGAGCUCCGACCACGCUCCACACGUUUCAGCCGCCGCAGUUCGGUGGACCUGGGGCUCCUGAGCACUUGGUCUGAGCCCGCCCCGCCCCUCCCUGAUCCCCCGGGCCCUCCGGAUUUAAGCCGCCCGGGCUCCCCCAAGUCUUUACAGUCUAGCUCCAGGGAGCAGGCGGAGGGCGCACCGAGCGGGGGUCCUGCAGGGAAGCCGGGAGAUCUAGGGCGUCCGGAACUCUCAGGGUCGGGGGGAGGCCUGGGUUUCGGGGAGAUGCUGCAGAGCCCCGGUGGGAUGGCGCCUGAGAGGCUACGAGAGCAGGAGGAGAAGGAAGAUACGGAGACGCAGGCUGUGGCCACGUCCCCGGACGGUCGCUAUCUUAAGUUCGACAUCGAGAUCGGACGUGGCUCCUUUAAGACUGUCUACAGGGGUUUGGACACGGAUACUACGGUGGAGGUCGCUUGGUGUGAACUGCAGACUCGAAAACUGUCCCGGGCAGAGAGGCAGCGUUUCUCUGAAGAGGUGGAGAUGCUGAAAGGGCUACAGCACCCGAAUAUCGUCCGCUUCUACGACUCGUGGAAAUCUGUGCUGAAGGGCCAAGUCUGCAUCGUGCUAGUCACAGAACUUAUGACUUCGGGCACGCUCAAGACAUACCUGAGGCGAUUCCGUGAAAUGAAGCCUCGGGUCCUUCAGCGCUGGAGCCGACAGAUCCUGCGUGGGCUGCACUUCCUGCACUCUCGGGAUCCCCCUAUCUUGCACAGAGACCUCAAGUGUGACAAUGUCUUUAUUACGGGUCCCACUGGCUCAGUCAAGAUCGGGGACCUUGGUCUGGCCACGUUGAAGCGCACCUCUUUUGCCAAGAGCGUCAUCGGGACCCCGGAAUUCAUGGCACCUGAGAUGUACGAGGAGAAAUACGAUGAGGCAGUGGAUGUGUAUGCAUUUGGCAUGUGCAUGUUGGAGAUGGCCACUUCUGAAUACCCCUAUUCUGAGUGCCAGAAUGCUGCCCAAAUCUAUCGCAAGGUCACUUCGGGCACCAAGCCUAAUAGCUUUCACAAAGUGAAGGUACCAGAGGUGAAGGAGAUAAUUGAAGGCUGUAUCCGCACCGAUAAGAAUGAGAGGUUCACCAUCCAAGAUCUCCUGGCCCACGCCUUCUUUCGAGAAGAGCGGGGUGUGCAUGUGGAACUGGCAGAGGAGGAUGAUGGGGAAAAGCAGGGCCUGAAGCUGUGGUUGCGAAUGGAAGAUGCCAGGAGGGCUGGCCGUCCUCGAGACAACCAGGCCAUUGAGUUUCUAUUCCAGCUAGGAAGGGAUGCGGCUGAGGAGGUGGCCCAAGAAAUGGUGGCCCUGGGACUAGUCUGUGAAGCCGAUUACCAGCCCGUAGCUAGAGCUGUUAGAGAAAGGGUUGCUGCCAUCCAACGAAAAAGGGAGAAGCUUCGGAGAGCUCGGGAAACAGAGUCACUCCCACCACCCCCAGGACCACCUCCAGUAGUUGCCCCAACAGCUCCUGGUCCCGAAGCUCCCUUCCCCCCUGAACCUGAGGAACCAGAGGCAGAUCAGCACCAGCCAUUCCUUUUCCGUCAUGCCAGUUACUCCUCUACCACUUCGGAUUGUGAAACUGAUGGCUAUGUCAGCUCCUCUGGUUUCAUUGAAACUUCAGAGUCAGUGCCCCAGCCCCCUGGAAGUGUACCAUCCAGCCCUGCUGAUCCCCAGCUCUGUCUGCCUUCGGCCUUUGCUUUGUCCAUUCCUCGAUCUGGUCCAGCCAGUGACUUUUCUCCUGGGGAUAGUUAUACUUCAGAUGCGGCAUCAGGACUCAGUGAUGUAGGAGAAGGGCCAGGAAGAAUAAGGAGACCUUCUGGAAGGAGUCCAAAGCGCAGACCCCGAUCCCGUCUACGUGUUACCAGUGUAUCGGACCAGAAUGAUCGAGUCGUUGAGUGUCAGUUGCAAACACACAACAGCAAGAUGGUGACCUUCCGAUUCGACUUGGAUGGAGACAGUCCUGAGGAGAUUGCUGCAGCCAUGGUAUAUAAUGAGUUCAUUCUGCCAUCUGAGCAGAAUGGAUUUCUUGGCCGGAUUCGGGAAAUUAUUCAGCGUGUGGAGACGUUGCUAAGGAGAGAAGGGGGUCCUGUGGGGGCCACUGGAGAUGCCCCAACUCCCCAGCAGGAGGAGUCUAUGAUACCAGCUCUCCCUGGCCCCCUCUCACUCCCAGUCAGUGAGACCAACAGUACCUCUCUAGAACAGAGAAACUGGACAUCCUUCCCUUCCUCUCCUCUGUCUCCUGGAACCCCCUUGUCACCAGGGUACCCCCUAUCUCCUGGGACCCCCUUUACUCCAGGUCCUUCCUUUCCCAUCACAACCCCCCAUUUACCUAUCACAUCUUCCCCAUACCCCUUCACUUCCUCUCAGUUUCCUUCCAGUCCCUCCCAGUUCCCCAUCACAUCUUCCCAGUUCCCCAGUCUCUCUCCUUUCCCUCUUAGUUCUCCAUCCCCAUUUCCCCCUAGCCUCUCCCCAUUCCCCAUCCCAUCCUCCCAGUUUCCCCCAAGCCCCUCUUCCUUUCCCUCCACUUCUCCACCCUCAUUCUCCCCUAAUUCCUCCCAAAUUCCCAUCAUAUCCUCCCAGUUCCCCCAAAGUACUUCAUUUCUGCCCAGUUCUCCACCUCCAUUCCCGCCUAGUUGCUCCCAAUUCACACUCAGUACUUCUAACUUUCCUUCAAGUCCAUCUCCUCUUCCCCCACCCCCUUCAACUCCGCUCCUUUCUCUGGCUGGUGCCUUUUCUUUGGCUGUGAUGACUGUGGCUCAGUCCCUGCUAACACCCCAACCUGACCUCCUUCCCCGACCUCCAAGCCCCCCAGCCCCUCCACCAAGUCCCCCAGCUCCCCCUGUACCCUGUGUCGUGGAGAGUCCUCCACCACCCAAAGCUGAGGAGCAAAGUGAGGCCACCCCCAGUUCUCAGUCGCUCCUGGUUGAAACCAGGCUGUCACCCAUCACAGAAGAAGGGAAGCCACAGCUUGUUGGGCGUUUCCAAGUGACUUCACCAAAGGAACCAACUGAACCCCUUCUCCAACAGCCAACAGCUUCACCUCCGGGUUCCCCAGAACCUUCCAACCCCCUGCUGGUCCCUGAGAGUUCAGACACAGAGGACAGUGCUGGAGGAGGACCAGAGACUGGGGAGGCUCUGGCUGAGAGCGAUCGGGUGGCAGAGGGUCUGGAGACUGGAGCUGAGGGGGAGGAUGGGGAAGAGGAGAGGGAGCCGUGGAGGGGCACCAGCCCCACUCCUCCAAGCCAGCCCAGCCAGGUGUGGUUGCACUACACAUACAGCGGCAGCCUGUGUCUGAGCAGCGGGGACUCAGAGAGCAGCGGGGAGGAUGAAGAGAUCUGGGCGGAACUGCAGAAUCUUCGUCAGAAACACCUGUCUGAGGUGGAGACGUUGCAGAUGAUGCAGAAGAAAGAGAUUGAGGAACUCUACAGCAGGCUAGGGAAGCAGCCCCCACCAGGCAUAGUGGCUCCUGCUACCAUGCUCUCCAGCCGUCAGCGCCGCAUCUCCAAGGGCAGCUUCCCUGCCUCUCGUAGAAACAGCCUGCAGCGAGCAGAGCCCCCACUCCCUGGUAAGGCACCCCAGCACCUAUUUCUUCAACAAGACUCUCUUCCCCAGUUUCUUCCAGGCCCUGGGAGGCACAAGCCCUUCAUCUCCUCUCUCCUAGUUCCCUGGUCCCCUUCACUCAGUAUCCAUCCUUUCUCCAGGCAUUAUGAGAAGGAACUCUUUAAGUGGCAGCAGCACUGGCUCUCAAGAACAACGACCAAGCAAGGGGGUGACAUUCGCUGGGGAUUUUGGCAGGAUGUGAGCCCAGAAUUGAAGCAAUGUGGGACCAGGGCAGAUCUGACGCCUUCAGGACCCGAUUCUUGAUCAAUGAAAUUCAUCGUGCUACACCAAGACAGAGUGGCAGUGGGGUGCAGUGGAAAGACUCCAGCGUUUGAUAGCAUAAGUUACCUGGAUCUGAAUCUUCCCUCUGAUACUAUGUGGCUAUGGGCAAGUCACUUUUAACUCUCUGUGCCUGUUUUCUUAUCUGUAAUAAUAGGGUUUAUAAUGGCUGUACCCACCUCACAGGCUUGUUGUGAGGACCUGGCCAUGAAUGAAAGGCCUGUCCAGUGCUCCACAAAUCUUAAAAGUGCUAUAUAAAUAUAUGUCUGCCAUCAUGUUUCUCACAUCUCAGGAAUAGAGAUGGAAAAUCAGGGCAGAGUGUCUCUACCCUAUCAAAUGAAACCAAAUUGGUAAAGCAUUUUGCAAGUCUUAAAGCAAUAUAUAAAUGCUAAUAUCAUUAUCAAAAAAGAGCAAAUGAAGAGACUGUUCUGCAGUGUGGGGUGUGAGCCCAAGAUCUUCCAAGGACCAAUCACUAAAACUACACCAGGCUGCUUGUGGAGAACUUCCCUCUCCAAUUCCCCCCUCCCCCAACCUCCCAAAACUGAGGGCUGGGCACACUCAUGUCAGACUUGUAGAGAAGCCAAUAAAAAUAUUAGAAAUGAGUCUGUUGGUCUGUCAGCCCUGCAGGGGAUAGAGGGUGGGUGGAGGGCCCAGCCUCAUGGGGGGGGGUAUUAAAAGAUCUCUCACAAUGGGGAGCAGAGCUGGAGGACACCCAGCUUCCUGGCAUCAUGCCAUAAGCAGCUUAAUUUCAAGGUCAAUGAUCAACUCCACCAAUCUAACCUCCCUCCAGACCCCACCCUGGACUUGCACAGGCAAGCUCAGAAAGCAUGAGGGCUGGAUGACCCCUCUACUCUGGGGUGGGUAAAGGCUACUGUGAGGGCCCCAGGCAAUGGAGGGAAACUGGAGAAGAGAGUUAUGAGUGUGUGUGUGUGUGUGUGCAUGAAGGAUAGCUUAGCCUCACUCAGCCCAACAAUUCCCGUGAUCCUUACCUGCUAAUCAGGUGGAAAGAUCGAAGGAAAAACCAUUCUAGUUAAACAUUCACAUUUCCUUAGGGCA